ACCCCAGCAGACCAGAUGCUUAUCAGCUGGUCAGUGGGGAUUUUCCAAUAAUUGAUAUGGUCAUCGCAGAAAAUUCAUUAACUCUUCAUUAUUAGAUUUUCAAUCUAAAUGAAAUCAUAAUGGCAUUUAUAAGUAUUAAAUUUGCUUUCCAAUGAAUAUAGUUUCGAUUAAGUAUUCAUUAAUUAAAGCUUUUAAAAACAUAAGUUAAUUCAGAAUAUCUUAACAAUCAAGCAGAUCGCUAUCAGUUCUGUUUCCGAUGGGCCAGUUUAUGACACAUACUUGCUCAUUUCUUUGUUCCGGGUCAUAAAACUCUUAUGAAUAUUAAUGAAUCCCACAUGCUUAGACUCGUUUUUGAUUGGUCUACAAUCCAAUGUUUGUAUCAUAGCUGUAUCUUAACCAGGAGCAGAGAAAAAAGUCCCCAAAGUUAAUGCCAAUUAUAAUUAAUUCGGCUGAAUAUUUUUUUAAGAUACACAUAUUUUCUUAAACUGCACUCUUUACUCUUUCUAAUGAUAUAUAAAUCAUCAUAUUAUACACAGUUUUAAUCACCCGCAUUAAUACGUAAACACCGUACAUGUGCUGGCAUUUACCAAUGCGACGCCAUCUUUGUUAUUUCACGAACGCUACAACUCUAUAACCAGCGACGUCUUCUAAUUUCCCAAUAAAUACCUAACCGUCAAACUUAAUCCUGAUCGGAAUCGAUUUGUUAAAAACGAUGCAGAUGUAGCCAAUAUGGACUUCCCGGGUCCAAUAUGUCAGACACUUGGCAUCUGUUGUGAAGAUGUGAGAAAUAGAUCAUUGCAAAAACUUGACUCCUUGAACAAUAGGUUAGUGCUGGAAAUUAAUGAAUUUUGCAAGAAAGAAAAUUUGACAGUACAACAGAUAGUUGAAGUUUUGGGAUGUCUAAAUGACAAUUUCAUUAAUGCAAAUGCAAAGGCUGUGCACAGUGCACAUAAAGAUACUGCGUGUUGCCGAACAAAAAAGGAAGCUUAUAAGCAGGAAGAAAAUCAAGGGGUUUAAAAGCGUAAAUGAGCAUUCAAAUUCAGUAUUUACAUCUCCAGCAUCGACCAAGAAUGUGCAACAUAUGUCAUCGGCAGAGCAAGUGACUGUAUGUGACCACAGUUGUGAAAGUGAUUCAAGUGCUUCACUACAGACAGAAGAGGGUGGUGCAAACACUAUUCAGACUUGUGUGGGGUUAGAGAAUUGUAGAGAAACAUUAACUGUAACAAAUACUAUUGAAACACAAACUGAGCAUGAAGAUGUUAAUGACGGUGAUAUUAAACAGUGGAAUUUCAAUAAGUAUUUAAUAUGUCAACAACAGAAACGUCUGACGAAAAUCAAGUACAUCAUCAAAAAGCAAACAUCCAAAAAUGAGUUGCUUCAACAAAGACAUGGACAUUAUUCAAUAAAAAAUGUGAAUAAAAGAGACGAAACAGCAAAACAAAAUAAAAUACAAUUGCGAAAGACUCUGAGUGAAAACAAGAACCUGUGCCGUCGUUUAAGACUUGUUAAUGAUAAAUUGACCCAACAGCGGAACAAUGUACGAAGACUAACAAAAGAACAAAUAGACAGUUCUCAGCAGAUAGUGAAUCUGCAAAAACUACUAGACUCAGAAAGGGCUAAGAAAGUAUCUGCUCAAAAAUCAAACAGUAAACUUAGGAAUAAGGUGGCUUUUUUGAAAGGCAAAAUUUCUUCUUUCAAAGCUGAAGGUAAUGACAAAUGCUUGAGCAUCAAAAACAUGGAGAAAAAUGAAAAAAUCAAGCAAGUGACAAAUCUGCUCUGCGAAAAGGAUGUGCAGCUGUCUGAAUUGACAGAAGAAUUGAACGAGCUUCAAGCAUCUCAGCGGAAGGUUGAAACAAGGUCAGCCAAGGGUGCCUUUGCAAGCAAUGUUCGUGAAUGUGUUAUUCAGUUAGCAGGUCUUGAGGUUGCAACUGAAAAAGUUACGCCAGUCAUAGAGGUUGUUGCAGAGACACUAUUUGACCACAAAUUUGUAAGCAGAGAACUUCCAAACGCCUCCACAGUUCAAACAAUAAUUGACGAAGGUCAUUUCUUAGCAAAAACUUUCAUUGCAACAAAAAUUGACAAGUGCAAUAAUUGGGGUUUGCACAGAGAUGGGACGAGCAGAAAAAGGAAGAAGAUCAUUGACACCUCAGUCACCCUUGACAGUGGUGAAGUUAUGAGUUUAGGCUUUACCAGUGUUUCAAGUGAGACAGCAGCUAGCAUUACAAAUGUAACCCAAACCCAUUUGUCAGAAUUAAGUGAACUCCAUGGUGCAGUCAACCAAAUCGUUGAUCAAGACUACAUUAUAACUUCAUUGAAGAAACUGUCAUUUACUAUGUCAGACAGGGCUGCCAAUGAAAAGCUUGCCAACAAACUACUAAAUAACUGGCGAACAGAACUGUUAGGACAAUGUGAACAUGAAAAUGAUGUUGCAUCAGUGAAAAAUUUCCAUUGUAUGGCCCAUGUUCUUCUCGCAUUUCACAAGUAUGCAUGUGACGAGAUCAAGUUGUUUGAAAAAGGCCUAAUAGAAGAAGUGGGGCCAAUAGGGCGUGACAGCCUUCCAAGGUUCAAGUCUUGGCGCAAGACGGGAACUGUUGUGGAGAGGGUGGUUCGGACAACCUCAGAUUCUUUUGGGCCAGGUGGCAGUUACCUUGGGCUUCGAGAUAAGUGGGAAGCCUAUUGUGCUACAAAGGGUGUGAAGUCGAGGAUAGGCAAUUAUAAAGACAACAGAUUUAAUUGCCUUUUCGAGACAGAAGCCCAAAUUGUUGUGCAUCACGCUGAUUUCCUUCAUGUACUCAAUACUGCUAGUACUCUAAAUCAGAAAUUGGUAUCUGUGAAAGCAGACUUGGAAACCCCAAGCGUGAUGGUAAUGCUAUCCUGUUUAGCAUUAAUUUUUGUAAGGGUAACUGGUCCAUUUUGGAACCUCAUUGUUUCUGGGACUGUGACCUACCUUGAUGUUCACCAACAUGUGCAGAAACUUCAUGCUUACCUCCAUAGAUGUGCUGUCAACCCGCAGAACAUUGACAAUGAUUGGAUUGACGAGGAACAUAUUGUUGUACAUGAAGACCUCUACCUCCAGGCCCUGAAUAACACCGACAUGGAAAGUCCAGUAUUCAUUUGUAUGAUGAAAUCAAUCUGCAGUGGAAUGCUUAAAGCAGUCGAAAAACAAAUGGCAGACUUUUUACCGAAUGGGUUAUUUGGUGAAACACCUGAUGCCUCUACAGUAAAGAGCACAGCUUUUGCUCCAUUGACCAAUUUAUCAUGUGAGCAUCACUUUGGAGACCUUGACAGCAGCCAGAGAAGGAGACCUAAUGCCUCAUUUCAUCAUCACUCAUCUGUGCAGCUGUUGAAGAGAAAUAGGCGUCAACUUUCUGAGUGGCUCUCAGGAAUGGACGAGCAGGAAAAAGAAAAUCUAUGGCUUUCAGCUAGAAAAGGCGGGAAACAGCUUCGGUUAAAGCACCAAGCACAAGACAGGCGUGUUCACGAGGAAAUUGUUUCAUUGAUGAAUUCAAAUAAAAAACAAAAAACAUCUAUCGACAUUCCAGACUGUGAAGAAGACUGUGAUGAAGAAGAAUUCGAUAACACCGAUCAAAACCAGCUUUCCAGUCUUCUACCUGAUGUAAAUUCUGUGAAAGUGAAUGACUAUGUGAUCAUAGCUUAUCAAGACAGGUGGUAUCCUGGCUGUGUCAAUGCAUUGAAAGAAGAUGACCAGAUAUGUGUGAACUUUAUGACAGCCAGCAGACAAGCAGGAGUGUUUGUCUGGCCCAUCAGAGACGAUAAGCAGACUGUAGAAAAGAAGUUCAUUCUGGAUCUUCGCACCGCGCCAGAGUGCAUUAACUCAGGACAGCAGUGGUUUUUUCCAAAUUAUGAACAUUAUAAAAAAUUGUUUAAUCAGUACAAGAAAUUGUUCUUUUAAACAAAGAAUGUACUACAAGAAACAUUAGUCAUUACUGUUGUUUAAACUUUCAGAGCAAAAGCUUAUGUAUACACAUGUAUUGUACAAAAUUUAUGUUGUAUAAAGUUGUUGUAUGGUACUUUAUCUUCGGUAUUGAUUUUUACUGGACAAUAAACUGUUAAAUGUGUCUUUUAAACCACAAUAA